CUUCCUUUCCGCACUUUGAGUAGCAUUCAAUUCUCCCCGAGUCACCCAUAGACAUGUCAUUGAACCCUUCAACAUUUUGAAAAACAGAAUGUAACUGAUGGAUGAAGACUAGACUGGACCAUUCGCAUGAAACAGCAAUGAUCCUUUCAAACCAUUCCAUUCAGUCAGUCUUCUGUUGUUGCUGUUCAGUGCAAAAAAGUAGAGAAAUUACAACUCAGAUGAGCCUGGAGAACGAAACAAGUAUGAUGCGGAAUCAGUCUCGGUAUGAAAUUCAGACAUAUCCUACAACCUCUCACACGUCACACAGCUCCAAGAGAAAGCCUCCUCCUCCACCCCCCACAGAGGACGGCACAGAGACAGUCAGUGUAAUUGCAAUGUAUGACUUUUUAGCCAAAGAGCAAACUGACUUAACACUAAAGCAAGGCGAAGAGUAUACCAUCAUUCACAAACAGGACCAGCACUGGUGGAAAGCCAGAGACAAACAUGGGAAUGAAGGAUUCAUCCCCAGCAAUUAUGUUACAGAGAAAAAUAAUAUGCAGGCACAUCAGUGGUACUGUAAAAACUUAACAAGAGCAAAGGCAGAACAACUUCUUCGGUAUGAGGCAAAGGAAGGUGCGUUCGUUGUUCGAGACUCAAGUCAGUUGGGUAGCUACACAGUAUCUGUUUAUACCAAAGCUGUGAGCUCAAAAGACAGUGCAAUAAGGCAUUAUCAGAUUAAGCAGAAUUCCUCGGGGCAGUUUUUUCUGGCAGAGAAACACGUUUUCGAUUCAAUACCCGAAGUAAUUCAUUAUCAUCAGCACAAUGCAGCAGGCCUCAUCACAAGACUUCGAUAUCCAGUUGGGCCCAUGGGCAAGUGUGUGCCAGCAACCGCGGGAUUCAGCCAUGAAAAAUGGGAGAUAAACCCCUCAGAGCUAUCUUUCAUGAAGGAACUAGGGAGUGGGCAAUUUGGACUGGUCCGUUUAGGAAAGUGGCGGGCACUUCUUAAAGUGGCCAUCAAGACUAUCAAUGAAGGGUCAAUGUCAGAAGAAGAUUUCAUUGAAGAAGCCAAGGUCAUGACGAAGAUGUCCCACCCCAAGCUAGUACAGCUGUAUGGAGUAUGUUUCAAGGAGAGGCCUAUUUGCAUAGUGACAGAGUUUUUGGAAAAUGGAUGCCUGCUUAAUUACCUUCGGCAGAGAACUGCCACCUUCCAUAAGGAUACAUUACUGGCUAUGUGUCAGGAUGUGUGCGAAGGGAUGGAGUAUCUUGAGAGCCAAAAUUUCAUCCACAGAGACCUGGCUGCAAGAAACUGUUUAGUCAGUGACAAGCAUGUGGUGAAAGUAUGUGAUUUUGGAAUGACAAGGUAUGUUCUUGACAAUCAGUAUAUUAGCUCUACUGGUUCCAAGUUCCCUGUUAAGUGGUCUCCACCAGAAGUGUUUCAUUUCAACAAAUACAGCAACAAAUCUGAUGUAUGGUCAUUUGGUGUACUCAUGUGGGAGAUUUUCACUGAAGGAAAAACACCUUUUGAAAACAAGCCGAACCCAGUGGUUGUGGAAGAGAUCACUCAGGGACAAAGGCUCUACCGACCUCACAAGGCCUCGCUCCCAGUGUAUGAACUCAUGUACUGCUGCUGGCACGAGAAACCUGAAGGUAGACCCCUUUUUUCUGAGUUGCUUCAGGACAUUAAGAGAAUUGCAGAGAUGGAGUAGGAUGGGAUGUAUCAUGUAUCAUCCACACAAGGCAUUAAUGUGAACUAUUAUUCAUAUUCCCCUUCAACUGUGAUACUGCUGUGGUGGAUCCAAAUAGAUUGAAAAAAAUAUCUAAAUAACUGAUGUAUCAUACAAGUACAGCAGAUUGCUUCAAACUGUGAAAAGGACUUUAUUUGACAAAAAAAUAGAAACUGCAGGCUUUGUUAUAUAUAGAGAAUCCAUUUGACAGAUAUAUUUUAAUUGUGAUGAAAACUAAAAACCUGAUGUAAUACUGAAGCAUAAUUGUAACUGCAGGUAUAUUAUUGAAUUAUAAAUGUACCAACAGAAUUAUGCAAACAUAUUGCAUGUAUUACCUGCUGUAUAUCAUAACAUUUUGUACAUUAUUGUAAUAUUUACUUAUAUAUAAAAUAUGUCAAUUAAGCUGACAAACAUACUUUUGCUUACUUCAGGAAAUGCAAAAAGGACCAGUUUUUAUUUAACUGAAAGAAACAUCACAUGUAAAAAUCAAACAAUGUUUGAUCCUGAAUCAUCAAAUGAUGUAGAAAAUUAUGUUAAUGUAUAUCAGUUCCAGCUUUCUUUAUGUAACCUUCCAUCGGAACCAGUGUGAGAACUUUGUAUUACAUAUUGUAAAACCUUAUUGCAUGAUGAAGAGGUGAUCCCCUACCCCAGAAGAUAAUAUACUCUUUAAAAAGAGGUACAUCUUUAUCUUGCAUUCAUAAAGUGGAUUUUUGACAUCCCAAAACACCUUCCAGAACAAUUUCUGUCUGAAUUAAUGGCAGUCCUGCUCAAAUUGUUAGCUUUUUCCUCUGGGUGUUUGAUAUUACUGUAUAGUCAUUAAAGCCAGGACAAUGCAUCCGACAAAGAUAUUAGUUUGUAGCAAAAGAAAAUAGCUGAAAGCUUUAAUUACAUUUUUUAAAAUAUGUGUAAUUGAUUCUCAUAGCAUAAUAAGAGUAAUAAUUAUAAUGGAUUGGAUUACCUCUAAAAUCCAUAUACGACUUUCACACCAUUGUUCUAUGUGCAAUAAUUGAAUUUGAUUUUUGAGAUUUUUUAAAUAUUUAUUUUCUUUAUUUUCAUGCAGCUGUAUGCAGUAUAGUUUUACAACUUUAAAUCUUUAUCCCCUAAGGCGGGUCCUUGGAGAUGGUGUAUGUUUUAUAACUUAAUUUGAAUAAUAAUAAA